AUGAUGAUUGGAGUGCCUGAUGUAUUUUCUUGGAUCAGGAACGCUGAUUCAGCCAAAACUGCUUGGGAUGCUUUGUCCAAAAAGUCAUUCAGAAACCCAUUCACAACAAAAGAAUUUGCUAGCUCUGAACACAUUCGAGUUCCAGAACUACUCAAGUAUAUAUAUCAAGGUGAUUCGAAUUCCGUAGGAAACUUUCUUCAGGAGCAUCCAGAUGUAAUAAAUGCAAAGAUUACACCCUUUGGCACAACAGCUCUUCAUGUAGCAACUCUUGCUGGAAAAGUGGAGAUUGGGACAAAGUUGGUGGAGUUAAUGUCUCCAGAAGCCUUGGCGAUACAGGAUGUUUAUGGUCGAACGGCCCUCCAUUAUGCUGCUAAUACAAGAAUGGCUAGAUACAUGGUGGAAAAGAAUGAAAAUUUGGUCACCAUUGCUGAUAAAUGGCGAGUUGUCCCAGUUGUAUCUACCAGUCAAUGGGCCCGGAGGGAUAUGACUGUCUAUCUUCUCUCAAAAACUCCUUUCCAACUGCUAACUGGAGAAAAUAUUGGCAAUGGAUCUUUACUCCUCCAAUGGACUGUAGUGUCCAAAAUCAUUUUUGAUGAGCAGAAGAGCCAGAUAUGCUUCCAAUUGAGAAAUUUAGAGAUAAACACUGUAGAUCCACUUAAAUUGGACAACAAUGGCAGAGUUCUGCCAACAUCUGAUCAGAAGAGGGAUGCCAUAAGUUACACAUAUAGGUUACAAUUGAAUAUGGCUAAUGCAGUUCUUCCUGAAAUCCAGAGACAUGAUAUUCAUAACUAUGAUUAUUGGAGUGCCUGCAUGAGAAGCUAUCUCUUGUCUCAAGAUCUCUGGGACAUUAUCAAACCUCCUCCUACUGAUCAAGCAGUUGCUGCUGAUCAUGAAGCAGAAUAUAAGGCAUGGAGGAUUAAAAAAGCCACGGCUUUACUUGCCAUUCAGACUUCCUGUACCCCAGAUAUAUUUUCUUUGAUUAGCCACAUUGAUUCAGCUAGAAUUGCAUGGUAUACGUUGUUCGAAGCCAAUUUAUCUAGAAAGUCAUCAUUUCAGUCAGCAUCACAAGUAACGUUAACACUUAAUACAAAACCAAGUACUUUGGGUGCAGUAAAGCCGGUAUUACACGAUGAUUACGCUCAAUAUGCUGACCUAGUAAAGUAUGUACAUGGAGGUAAUUGGCAUUCCACGAGAAGCUUUCUUGACCAACAUCCAGAGGUAAUAAAUGCAAAGAUUUCAUCCUCUGACUCAACAGCCCUUCAUAUGGCGGCUCGCGCUGGAAAAGUGGAGAUUGUGGGAAAGUUGGUAGAGUUAAUGUCUCCAGAAGCCUUUGGCGAUACAGGAUUCUAA